UGCAGACUGCAGGUCUUGUAACUCUAGUUUCUAGAAUGCGGAUAUGAUUGGAACAACUAGAAAUCUACAUCUAGUCUAGAUCUAGUCGAGUCUACGUCGGUAGUCUACCACAAGUUGGAUCUUAGAUAUGUUUAUGAUCUUAAUAGAUUUAUAGAUCUAUCAUAAUCUAUGAUGUCUGAAUGUGAUCAGAAAUUAGAUCUAGAAUCUAGAGAUCUAAAAUAGAUCUAUAUAGUCUAGAUCUAGAUACUAUUAAUAGAUCUAGAUUAAUUGACAUACAUUUAAAUUCUACAGACACUGGACUGAGACAGACUUGACAGAGUGACCAGAGUAGAUCAAACUACUAGAUCUAGUCUUACUAUAGUCUAGACUAACUAGUUUACUAGAUCUAGAGCAUAGAUGAUGAUGAAAAUAAUUUAAAUGAUCAAUAAAUGAUUCAUAAUAUUUUAUUAAUAUUCAAAUGGUUAUCAGUCUAAGACUAAGACGUCUUAGUCUACAAUCUCUACAAAGAUGUUUUUUGAGAUGAGGUGAUUGUCUUGACUCCAUCCCUGGUGUUACAGAAAAACAUUAGCUGUGAUGGGCUACACUACAUUUUUGGUUAAAGUAACUGCCUGCCUUUUGCUGCAGCACUUGACUACAUAUGUAGAGUGUGGUAACUGCACUUUGACUAUAAAAGAUAGCGAUAACAAUGAUAUUUCAAACAGUGACCUGUGUAUGAAUGAAUACAAGAAACCAGUUUGCUCCGAUUUUUUUUCAAGUUUCAACCGAUCCAUCUUACCUACUGAGUUUUCACUUGAUACCCUGACAGUAGAGCGGCCUUCUGGUAUAAACCUUGUAUCACUUUUAUCAGACUAUGAAGAUAAUAAUAAAGUACAUUACAAUUGGCCUGGUCUUAGGAUAAAAUGGGAGCCACCUACUUCAGAGAAUUCUCGACAACAUUUGGAUGGCUACUUGAUGAUCUGGCAAAAUGAGACCACCGCCAUGUGUAGGAUAUUUCAGCUGAAUAGAGCCAGCUCAUACGCCAUGAAAAAAGUGACAUUUUCUUUUGAUGUUAAAUAUCUCAAUUCAGCAAACAACUAUACAGUGACAGUGUACAGUAUCCCCACACCUGACGCUGAGUUUAAAGAAGAUGAAAAUCGUUUUGUUAGAAUGAGGAUGACCUCCUUCGUCGGAUACAAAAAUACAACUGAUCCUGCCCUGUGGACGCCUUCUGUCUCGACUAAGACCUGGGCUAAUGGUACCAUAGAAGUGCGGUUCACUCUAUCACCACCAGAAUUUAAUCUCACUCAGUUCAGAGUCUUGCUGGUCAAGCAAUCAUAUGAUUUGAACAACUUUUUUCAAGAAAGAUAUUACACUGGAAAACUGUACACAGAUUCAGACCCUGAAGCUUUUUUGACAUUUGAUAACCUAGACAGUGAUAAUUAUCAAGUUGUGGUAAAGCCCAUUGAUGUUUUUGCGGGUAUAAAAGGACAAUGUUUGUGUUGGAAAAUUGUUGCACAUUCAACAAAUUGUGACGCUGACAGAUGUUGUGAAAAUAUUUGUGGAUUUACUACAACUGCCUGGAUUUCUCUAAAUGUCACAGAGGCACCUGUUAGAAGCACAACACCAAAACAAGAUCCUAUAACAACUGCCAAGAAUUCAUCCCCAAAAGAUGAUCCUACGACUGCAAAAAUCACACAACCAACAAAAGACAGUUUAACAGAUGGUGAAAUUGUUGGUAUUUCAAUUGGUGUCCUGUGUUUCCUGGUCCUAGUUGUUGUUAUCCUGUGUUUGUGUUCCAGAGGAAAGCUCAGGAUUCCCUCGCUAGUUCGUAAAUUUACACCAUUGUCAGAUUGGUACAAAAGCGCUAAACCUCCUAUAUCUCAUCAUAAAGGUGACCCUGAGGUUAAAGCAUCAAGUGAUUCUGAGGUCAAAGUAUCAAGUGACCAUCAGGUUCUGUUGCCAAGUCUAAAACAGAAGAAGCUCUACUUCAUGUCUGCUGAUGAUCACAGCAAACACAUUGACAUGGUGGAGAGUUUAGUCCAUUUUUUAGAGCUCCACUGUCAAUGUAACGCAGUGUACUCAGCAAGAGCUAAAGACAUGCACGACUAUGACUCGCCUUACUCUUGGUUCAUUAAACACAUCUCCAGCUCUGAUCAUAUCAUCUUUGUCAACUCAGUGGGAGCCCAGAAACUGAUUGAGGCCAAUCUGAACAAGACAGUGUACAGAAAUAGAGUCUUAGGUCCAGAGGGGGAUCUCUUCACCGAAUGUGUGAAACAUAUUUUCAAGGACAACAAGGCCAGGGAUAAAGUCAUCAACAUCUACUUUGGAAAUAACUGCAGAGAAUCUAAAUAUAUCACAUCGCCCUUCACCUUUUCAAUUCCAAGAAAUCUUCCAGAGUUGAUCAAAAAACUUCAUGCCAUAAAUACUAAAGAUACAGAGAUGUUUAGUAACAAGUUGCCAAUGUUACGUGAGAACAUUGCUCAGCUACCUGGUGGAAGUGAACUGCUGGUUGCAAUAGAAUCGUCGUCUCUUUUCGAGCAAGAGAAUCCUGAUUGGCUAGAUGAAUUUUUUGGGACAGCUACGCCCAUCUCCAUAGAGCCAAUGCUUUCUCACACAUCUGGGGAUUCUGGGAUUGUCAUUGACAUGGGUCCUCGCUCAGUUUCGAGCUCUGAUUUGGUCAACUUAAAGAAAUCACAUCAAAGUGAGGAUUGUAUAAAUGAGAAAGAUUUGAAUAGUGUUUACACUGUGCCGUGUUCUGUUUAUGAUGAAAUAAAUCCACCAGAAGCCAUUGAUGGUUGCAGUUCCUUAACUGCAGCAUUCCAAGGCAUCAAUCAGAGAAAUGACACCACCUCCCCCAGUUUUGUUGCACCAGCAGACACAGCAUCCUCAGUGGACAACAAGGGUGAAUCUCUUAAGAUGAAUAGAGAAUCUGCAGGACUUGAAAACAUCUAUGAGAUGAUUCCUGAUGACUUCCUACAGACACAUAAUUUUUCUCCAUCUCUGAUGUACAUCCAGCCCCCAGACACUAUGUCCACAGUGGAUUACAACAGUGAAGCUUUGAUGGACAUCAAUAGAGACUCUGACUUAUACUUCAAUGAUCAUGUCCAGGACUUAGGAAGUGGUGAAGAACCUUGCUGAAGGCUACAUUAACCUGUAAUGUUCUUAUUCAUAAAUCUCAUCACCUAUUCUCUGUUUUAAAUUUUGACAAUUAUAUUUUUUUAAAGAAUGAAAAUUAUUCAAACUUUAUGUUUGAAAAGGAAAACAUUUUUAUCACAAUUUUAUCUCUAAACUUUGAAAAGAUUUCAUUUUUAUACAUUUAUUGAAGCCACAGAUAUUUAAUCCACAUUAUUUAGAUUUCUCCACAAAGAGCCAUCCAGUAGGACGUCACUACAUUUCUAAAAUUAAUUCAUGUCAUAUAUGUCAGACAUAUUGUUUAAUAUAAUUGACAUUAUUUUCUCACGUAUUAUUUGAUCCCACAUUGCUACAGUAAUAUUUGGUUUAAAAAAAAAAUUAAAAAAUUAAAUAAACAAAAUUUUAUGUAAUGAUGCUUUUUUUAAUAAUAGAGACCUAUCUUUUCGUGGUCAUACAGUUUCACUAAGCUGAUCAUGUCUUGAAAGUGAGAUAGUUUCCCAUGUCACUUCAUACAGUCUCACUAAGCUGAUCAUGUCUUGAAAGUGAGAUAGUUUCCCACAUCACUUUAUACAGUCUCACUAAGCUGAUCAUGUCUAGAAAGUGAGAUAGUCUUCUUAGUUGUUUAAGCGGUCAUAAAGAUGAAAAAAAAAAAUGAAAUUUAAAAAAUAAUAAUUUUUUAUUUAAACUACAGAUUGUUGUAUUUUACUGUAGCGCAUUAUUCAAUGAUGAAAUGUUGAUGUUAACUAUGUAGGUUGUAGUUUUUCUUGGAGCAUUUUACUUAAACAGGUUGUAUGUUUUAUGUACAUAGCAUUACUAUUGGGUCUGGACAGUUGUUUUGGAUUGUUAAUAGACUUAUUUUUUAUGUAACUGGAUUUUCUUCCCACUGUAAGGGUAUUCGGCUUCAACUAGACGUCUUGUUAUAGCAAUAUUGACUUAGUCAAGCAAUACACUGCUGCUAUCUAUGAAUUGUUUUCAAAAUUAUUAUGUUGACUGUGAAUAAAAAGCCAAAUAAGUCUGUGUUCUUAUGUAACCCUUUUAGCAUAAAAUAAGUCUGUCAUGUGAUCCUCCCCCGUAAAAUAAGCCUGUCAUGUGAUCAUCCCCCAUGAAAUAAUUAUGUUAUAUGAUCUUUCCACAUGCAAUAUCUAUCAUGUGAUCCUCCCCCAUCUGGUCCCUAGCAUGUGAAUCUCUAUUUUGUAUGAGACUUACCCAUUUCAUUACCAUGAACAUGUCCCAUUCAUAUAACAUCAACCAGGGUUGACUGAAUUUCUUAAUCUGGUAAUCUAUAUUAAACAUUUUAGAAAUAUCUACAAGCAAAGCUCUUCCUUCCAUGUCUGCUUUUACAUAUUACUAUAAAUUAUUGUUAUUACCUACAUUUGUAUUAGUUCACCUGUUUGAUCAUGUUGGGUUCUUUUCAUUCAUUUUUUUAACAACUUUUUGGUAUCUAUAUUAAAAUAUAGGAAGAUCUGAUAGAAAAGUCAGAGCUGGAAUACUAAAUGAAGUCUCUUGUUGAUUUUUGUGUUUCUGUUGGAAUACAGUCUAAGUCAGCGGUUCUCAACCUUUUAUGCUCGGCGACCCCUUUUUACAAUCCCACACUCUACCGCGACCCCCUCGCAAAUACACACAGCAAUAGAAGAAUAGACAAAAACAAUCCAUUUUUUUCGAUGGUCUUUGGCGACCCUUGGAAAAUCGUCAAUCGACCCCCAAGGGGGUUGCGACCCACAGGCUGAGAACCCCUGGUCUAAGUGAAAGCCUUGCCAAGUCUUUUUCUCCUCCUAGCAAAUGUUUUCACCAAUAGUUGUUUGUUAUGAAAUCUUGUAGUGAUAACAUGGUAGUCUGUUGCAACAUUGUUUUUGACACUGUAAAUAUUUGUUUGUCUACAAAACCUGUUUCAAAUAUUAUCUUUAUAAUCAAGUAGUGUACUGCUAUUAGAAGCUCCUCCUUCCUAAUCAAAUAUAACCGCAGUAUCAUAUGCUACCUACGUAAUGAUGUUGAGUCUAGCCUUGGGCUUGAAAAAGCUGAUUAUAUCUAGGCCAUGACUGUGUUUGGCCUAAUUAUUUUGAACUGCACUUACUCAGUUUCUUUGCUAAUAUAUUAUUGCUAUGUUCAACUAUGUAGUUUAAUAGUAUUGUAGAUGUUAUAGCAGAUUGUCUUACAGAGACUUGAAUGAUAAUGUGGGAUAGCUGAAGAGGCCAGUUGAAAACAAUUGUUUAAAUCAAAGAAUCUUUAAAUAUUUUCUAGUUUUGAAAAUCUGUUAUAUUUCCUGCCAACUAUCCAAUAUUUUGGGUUACCAUGCACAAACUGAACUGCUGCCUUAGUUUUGUUUUUUUUACUUAUUUGGUUGUGGACAUUAGCUAUUGCACUGGAGUAGCUAGAAAGAUUUGUCUGCAUGAUAGCAUUGUGAUAUUUACAUACAUUUUUAGCUAAUUUGUUUACAAAUUUGCCAUUAUUUUUUUUUUUGUUUUAAUGUCACUAAUUAUACAGCCUAAUUUUUGUUGUUUUAAGGGUAGGGAUGUUGAAAUAAGAACUGGACAAGGUACAUUGUAAACAUGUUUUGAUUGGCUUCGUUGUACAGCAAUAUCACACUUUCAUGUAAUAUCAGUAAUGUUGUGUCUCAUCACUUGUAAAAAGUAAAGUUCCCCUUUCACUCCUUGUGGUUUAUAGGGCAGAUGAUGUAAAGGUCAUCUGUUUCUGUGGCCUACGGUUAAUGAGGGUUUCAUGUUGCCAGCACAAUGACCAACCGCCUUUACUUUUCCCAAACUAAUGUCAGUUACCCAUUAGAGCUUGGUGGACUAAUAGGCGCCCGAAAAUCAAAAAAUUAAAAAUCCCAGGAUUUGAACCCCAGACCCCAGCUCAGAAACCAAGUGCUUUACUGCUCAGCCACCAAGCCUCCAUCAUCACUUGGAAUAGAAAUAUAUUUAGUGUGGUCUCAGUUAUACUGUUACUGUUAUUAAGUCAUUAAUUCUAAUGUUUAAAGUGUCAUUAUAAAGUCAUUAAUUCUAAUGAUUAAAGUGUCAUUAUAAAGUCAUUAAUUCUAAUGUUUAAAGUGUCAUUAUAAAGUCAUUAAUUCUAAUGUUUAAAAGGGUCAUUAUAAAGUCAUUAAUUCUAAUGUUUAAAGUGUCAUUAUAAAGUCUUAAAUCUAAUGUUUAAAAUCAUAUCAUCUAUCAUAGUUCAGCACAUGGUCAUGUGACAGCACUAGCAGGAGUUGCUUGUUUUAAUAUUUUUACAUUUCAGUUUCUGUGCAAAAACAAAUUCUAGAUUCACUUGAAUGUACAAUGUACAACAAAAUUAGACUAGCAGCAUAUUGUGCAGCUAAAGUGUGCCUUUUAGUUUCUCUGGUUUAUUAAAAGCAUAUUUUUACAAUC